CUUCCCAGCCCCGACACCUUGGCCGCCGCUCCGUGCGCACCCAGUUGCUGAGGUUGCAACGCUGCAGCCGGCGAGGAUCGGAUGAACCACCAACCCCUCCUAUAAAUCCUAGUACGAUGCCUCGAUCGGGCCUAUAUCUAUAUCUGGAUUGUUCCGGCCCUCCCCCUUCUUCGAUUUUGUGGGCGGCUUCUCUUUUUUUUCUUCCUGUUGAUGUGCGAAUUUAGAGGGGAUAAGAGCUUUUGGGGGGAAUCUGAUGGAAUCCGAUCGAUUUUCUCGCCGUUCUUGGUCGAUCUGUCGGGGAAGGUAAGAUUUGUUCAUGGUUUGUGGGGGAUUUGGCUGGAUUUCGAAGGUUUGGAGCGGCCAUGGUGGUGACUGGUGAGCGGAUAUGGGGAUUUUUGGUGAUCGAGUGGGGAAUCGGUCUGUUGGAUGUCUUUAAAACGGGAUUUUGUGAUACUGUAGGAAUUUUUCGGUGGAACCAUAGCUUUUGUUGCGAUAUACCGCUAUUGACCACGGAUCAUCAUGUUUUAAAAUCUUUUUUUUUCCUCAGAGGUAUGGGAUGAUCGAGUGCUAAACGCUCCGUUAAGGUCUGAUCUGCGUCGAUCUUGAUUUCAGGAUGCGAUCUAUUGUUAAAUGACGGAUGCAUUUUCCUGCCAUCCUUUGUGUUGCUAAGCCGUAGUUUAUUCUGAUGCUAAUUUGUUAGGGAGACUAUAUGAUCAGUCUGUCUUCUGCAGACAGCAACUUAGAUGAAACGCAGCUAUGAAUGUGAUCAUCUAACUCUUUGUUGCUGCUGCUGUUCUCCUUCCAGUUUGUGUAAAACCUGCACUUGCUGCACAAUCUAUUUGUCGAAAGUGUGACGGACUGUCAUUUGUUUCUCUUAUCAGACCGAGUCCUCUGCUUCUGCUCUCAUCCAUCUGUAGAGUGCAACAUGCAGUGCCCCAUGGACACUGCUGCUAGUGGAACCUCGCCAGUGAUGCAAUUCCAUAGCAAUGCUGAUGAGUCUAUCGCCCAUUCAUCUCCAUUGGCAACAUUAAUACAACGUUCACAGCGCCAUUGCUAUGGGGAUGGAUCCCCAGGCGAAUUUCCCCUUGCUGUGAGCCCCUCCAUUGUUCUCCAUGUGCUCUCAUCUUGUGAUCUAGGUCCGAAAGAUCUCGCCAAUCUGGAGGCUACAUGCGUAUUUUUCGGCAAACCUGCAAGUUUUGCACCAGACUUUGCAUUGUCACUUCCGGAGCUUGCGGCAUUUGAUAUGUGCCAGAAAAGGACCAUGUUUAAGCAGAUGAAGCAAGAAGAUCAGGAGUGUCUGAAACAACGGUGUGGAGGCUCUUGGAAGCAUGUUCUUGGGUACAUUCUGGUUAGGGAGAAGAAUGGUUCUCGGGUGAUUGCCGGGCCAGGCCAUAGCAUCAUUAUCACCUCAAAUGGAGAUGUAUAUUCGUUUGGAGCAAACUGCUCCGGUCAGCUUGGCCUUGGGGAUUCAGAAGACCGGUUCAAGCCAUGUGUUAUUAGGUCUCUACAAGGCAUCAGAAUCACACAAGCUGCAGUUGGUUCGAGAUGCACAAUGCUUGUGAGUGACACAGGAAGCGUCUACUCAUUUGGGAAGGAGGAUUUCAGGGUCGCAGAACUAGUUGACGGUGCUCAUUUUCAGAUCACAACUCCUAGGAUUGAGGAGUCACUGAAGGGUGUGUUUGUAGUUCAAGCAGCCAUAGGGGGUUACUUCUCUGCAGUUCUGUCCAGAGAGGGUCGAGUGUACACCUUCUCAUGGGGCAAAGCCGAGAGGCUUGGCCACAGUUCGGAUCCUUCAGAUGUCGAGCCUCGUCUUCUCCCUGGACUCGAGGAUGUUCCUGUCGCAUACAUCUCUGCAGGAAAUUGCUACCUUCUUAUGCUGGCCUACCAGCCAAAUGGAAUGUCUGUGUACUCUGUAGGCUGUGGUUUAGGGGGCAAGCUUGGGCAUGGAUGCAAAACCAACAAUGGGAUGCCCAAAUUGGUUGAACAGUUCCAGUCCAUGAGCUUCAAACCAGUUUCAAUAGCAGCUGGCACUUGGCAUGCCGUGGCCCUUGGCGCUGACGGGCGUGUGUGCACCUGGGGCUGGGGCCACACCGGUUGUCUGGGGCACGGCGAUGAGGAGUGCAGGGCUGUUCCCACAGUGGUAGAAGGAUUACGCGACGUGAAGGCGGUUCAUGUCUCCACGGGUGAAUACACGACGUUUGUCGUCGCUGAGAAUGGGGACGUCUACUCCUUUGGAUCCGGUGAAUCCUUGGCUUUCCAGUUGGACGAUGAGGCGGAGGAGGAACCGGAUUCCUCGACACCGAGCAUAGUCAGCUCGCUCAAGGAUCUGAACAAGAAGGUCGUGCAGAUCAGCCACACAAACGCCUCGUACUGGAUGAACUCGGAAAUGGGCCACCCGCACACAUUUGCGGUCAUGGACUCCGGCGACGUCUGUGCCUUCGGAGGAGGGGUCAGAGGCCAGCUCGGCGUGAAGCUGCAUGAGGGCGUCGAAAAAGUGCGCGUCCCGAUGAAUGUUCCAAUCGGUCUCAAUUGAUCCCCUUCCACCAGCAUUCGCCUGAACAUUUUGCGAUGGCACUCUGCUUCCGCGAACAUUCUGUUUGGGCCUUCAGACCAGUGGCGUAAGCUUAGACAUGCUAGGAUGUGAAUAUUAGGGAUGAUUUGUUUUUAUCUGAACUCUUCGAAGUGAUAUAGAUCGUCUGCAUAAAGUUUACCUAAUCCGUGACCGCUCUUUUAUCC